AUGGCUCUACCCAUCAAUAUUACCUAUGCUGUUACAAGGCAGGUAACGAAGGAGGAGUGCCGGGGAUUUUCGGCUCUCGCUGUUACUCAGGCAGCAACACUGGCUUGGAGCUCGGAGCUUGGAUUUCCAAACUUCAAGUCACAAGCAUGGCACAGAGUAUCACUGUCCGCUCAUAUCGCAAGUACAGAUCGUCGACUCACCAAGAGCGGUAUCCAGCCCGUCUACGGUAGAGACGACGUCUUUGUUUUUGGCGUGCGAGUACAACUCUUGUUGGCGGUUGUGGCUCUCUCGUCCAGCAGCUGUUCGUCGAGAUGGGAGCUAAUGGUGGUGUGGUGGACCUGCAACACAGCCGACAGGGGGGUAUGGAAGCAACUCGUGCGCCAUGAUUCAAUCUCUGGAGCGGCUCGGAUGACAGUGCAGCUGAGAGGCGCAGACCGCCGGCAAGACAGACAGCAAGCAGAGGCAAGACCAUGA